GAAUGGAGUGCAUGCAUGCUACCGUGCUGAAGAACCAACUACUUUAAAAAGCCUGUCACGGCCAGAUUUAGCUUUCAGUAGCAUAGAAACGCCGCGAUCGUUCACAACAUUGUGCUUGGGCAAUAUCGCAUCGGUGAGGGUGGUACUCGGUAAAUAGGGGUGUAAAAGCUCAUGAUUUUUUUUCAUUCGUUUCGGUAACCUGUUGCAUUUGAACGUUAUUUUUCGUGUGUUGGAAGUGACGAUUGCUGAUUCGUUCAAGCGUGAAAUUUGCUUCGGUGGUUUUGUUCCGUGGCACAACAAAACGAUCAUUAAUUCAAGGUGCCGUGUAACAGUUAUUGAUAUUGGUGUCAUUGAGAAAUAGAGAUUUGGGCUUUCGGAUUCAAUCAGUACUAGAAAAGAUGUUUUGUUUGUCUAAUUUUCACGCUAACCUUGUAAGUUUUCUAACAAAAAUUGUAAUGGGCACUAAUCGGUUUGAGGCUCCUCCUGUCACUGAAAUGCAGGCACCUCAGUUCAAGGAGUUCGCCAAGGAAAUGGUGGACUACAUUGCCGACUAUCUGGAGAACAUCAGAGACAGACGUGUUCUCCCAGAGGUUCAACCGGGCUACCUGCGCCCGUUGAUUCCAACGGAGGCUCCUCAGCAGCCGGAGAAAUGGCAAGACGUGAUGGCCGAUAUCGAGCGGGUCAUUAUGCCCGGAGUAACCCAUUGGCAUAGCCCCAAGUUCCAUGCAUACUUCCCAACGGCCAAUUCCUAUCCAGCCAUUGUGGCAGACAUGCUAAGCGGUGCUAUUGCCUGUAUUGGCUUUACGUGGAUUGCCAGUCCAGCGUGCACGGAACUGGAAGUUGAAAUGCUCAAUUGGCUGGGUAAGAUGUUGGGAUUACCGGAAGAGUUCUUGGCUAGCUCUGGAGGUCAAGCUGGAGGUGUGAUUCAAGGAACGGCAAGUGAAGCUACUCUCGUUGCUCUUCUCGGUGCCAAGGCCAAAACCAUGAGGCGGGUGCAGGAGGAACAUCCAGAGUGGGAAGAGUCCUACAUUAUUUCUCGGCUGGUGGGAUACACCUCAAACCAAUCGCACUCUUCGGUAGAGCGAGCGGGAUUACUCGGAGGUGUGAAACUACGUUCCUUGAAAGCCGACUCCAAUCUUCAACUACGUGGCGAGACACUGGAGGAAGCAAUCAAACAAGAUUUGGCCGACGGUUUAAUUCCGUUUUAUGCGGUUUGCACAUUGGGUACUACCAACACAUGUGCUUUUGACCGUCUGGAUGAACUAGGCCCGGUUGCCAACAAGCACAAUGUUUGGUUACACGUCGACGCUGCUUAUGCCGGAUCAGCAUUCGUUUGUCCAGAGUAUCGUCACCUUAUGAAGGGAAUCGAGACAGCGGAUUCAUUUAACUUUAAUCCUCAUAAGUGGAUGCUGGUGAAUUUUGACUGCAGUGCUAUGUGGCUGAAGGAACCGUAUUGGAUUGUCAACGCUUUCAACGUAGAUCCUUUGUAUCUGAAGCACGACAUGCAAGGAUCGGCACCCGACUACCGUCACUGGCAGAUUCCACUAGGUCGCCGUUUCCGUGCAUUAAAGUUAUGGUUUGUUAUUCGUCUGUAUGGAGUCGAGAACAUACAAGCUCAUAUUCGUCGUCAUUGUGCUUUCGCUAAACAAUUCGAAUCACUCUGUUUGUCGGAUGACCGUUUCGAAAUAUUUAGUACCGUUCAAAUGGGUUUGGUUUGCUUUAGGCUUAAAGGAACCAACGAAUCAAAUGAAGCUCUGCUUAAGCUAAUUAACGGUCGUGGCAAAAUACACAUGGUUCCUUCGAAGGUCAACGAUACGUAUUUCUUGCGUAUGGCGGUUUGCUCAAGAUUCACAGAAGCUGCCGAUAUUGAAUUGUCUUGGAAAGAAGUUGCUGCUGCAGCCAACGAACUGAUGAAAAAGUAAACUAGUACGAAAAGGUGUUCCUGAUAGUGUGCAAUGUUAACAUCUCUCUCAAAGAAAAUAUGAAUUUGAAAACUUGUUUUAGGUGGUUUAGAAUGGUAUACUCAUGUGAAUAAUGUUGAUGUCUAUAUAAAUCGCAAUACAAGAGGCCGGACCAAACGAUGUAGAGUAAAACCAGUCCAUUGAUGUACAUAAAAAUGCACUUUUUAAACAUCGUAUUCUCAUUGUUAUAUUUAAGAUGUCCCUUGAUGUUGAGUAAGUGUUGAAUGUGAAAAUAAAAUAUUUAUAACAAUCAAAA